ACCCGAGAGGAGACCGUCCAUCAGUACCCAAUCAGAGAGCAAGCGCGGUUUGAUAUGCACGCCACUUCACCUAUCGACAAGUCGAAGAGGCGGGUAUCCACCGGCGUCCAAUACGAGGGCGCGUUUCUUUGACGAGCGGCGCGGCUGCCCAAUCGCGGCCGCCCCCUCCAUGGCGGUGUCCGAGCCGUGAGGCGGCGGCGGCCAUGUCGGGCCGGGGCGUGUGGCAGCGGGCGCGGGCGCGGCUGCGGCGCUUCCCGGAGCUGCUGGCGGGGUGCGGGGAGCAGGCAGCUGCGUACGGGCGGUGCGUGGCGGCGGCGGCGGCCGGGCCGGCGGAGCUGCGGCGGGACCAGUGUGUGCGGGAGUUCCGGGCGCUGCGGGACUGCCUGGCCCGGGCGGCGAAGGCGACGCCGCAGUGACCGCAGUGACCGUGCUGACCGCAGUGACCGUGCUGACCGCAGCGACCGCGGUAACCGCGGUGACCGCAGGGCCGGGCUGGACGCGCCACAGUGAAAUAAAGACUCAAACCCAA